AACUUUCGAUAUUUUAGUAUCGGUUUAAUGCUGGAAGUAGAUGGACGUGUUUCCAUAUAAUUACGAGUAAAAUGGCAGUACGAUUAACUCAUGUAAAUAAACUGUUAGUAAAAUGUGCAAAUAUAACCGGUUUCCGAUUUAUGUCUCACUAUCCGAUAGAUGAACACAUAUUUGGAUUGAAUAGCGAUCAACAACAGUUGCGGCAACUGGUUUUCGAUUUUGCUCAAAAAGAACUGGCCCCUAAAGCAGCGGAAAUUGACAGGGAGAACCACUUUAAGGAAUUGAGAGACUUUUGGAAGAAAUUAGGAAAUCUUGGUCUGCUUGGUAUAACAGCUAGUCCCGAUUAUGGAGGGACAGGAGGAAAGUACACUGACCACUGUGUCAUUAUGGAGGAACUGUCGAGGGCGAGCGGCUCCAUAGCAUUGUCGUAUGGCGCGCAUUCAAACUUAUGCGUUAACCAAAUCAAUAGAAAUGGAACACACGAGCAGAAGAGCAAAUAUCUUCCCAAGCUUUGCUCAGGUGAGCACAUAGGCGCCCUCGCGAUGUCGGAGCCAGGCGCAGGCAGCGAUGUGGUUUCAAUGAAGUUACGAGCCGAGAAGAAGGGCGACUAUUACAUUCUCAAUGGAAACAAAUUUUGGAUAACUAACGGUCCAGAUGCCGACGUUUUGGUGGUGUAUGCAAAAACAAAUCUCACAAGUAAACCCCAACAUGGAAUUUCAGCUUUUUUAAUAGAAAAAGAUUAUCCUGGAUUUUCGACAGCUCAAAAAUUAGACAAACUAGGCAUGAGGGGGUCAAACACUGGCGAAUUAGUUUUUGAAGAUUGUAAGGUACCAGCGACAAACCUAUUGGGCGAAGAAAACAAAGGAGUGUACGUUCUGAUGUCAGGGUUGGAUCUAGAGAGACUGGUGCUGGCUGCGGGUCCUGUGGGUUUGAUGCAAGCAGCUAUUGAUAUCGCGUUUGAUUACGCGCACACGAGAAAACAGUUUGGGAACAGGAUAGGAGAAUUUCAACUGAUACAGGGUAAAAUGGCAGACAUGUACACAACACUAAGCGCAUGCAGGAGCUACCUGUACAACGUCGCGAAGGCGUGCGACGACGGCCACGUCAACAGCAAGGACUGCGCGGGCGCAAUCCUGUAUUGCGCUGAAAAAGCUACUCAAAUUGCUCUUGACGCCAUACAAAUUCUGGGUGGAAAUGGUUUCAUCAACGACUACCCAACAGGCAGAAUAUUGAGAGAUGCAAAACUCUACGAAAUCGGCGCAGGCACAUCGGAGGUCAGAAGAAUGUUAAUAGGAAGGGCUUUGAACAAUGAAUAUGAAUAAAACUGUUUAUGAUUUGGACAAAUAUAUUUUGUAUUGAAUAAAUUAUUAUGAACUAU